AUGGAUCAACCACUUUCUGAUCAAAUUGUUAAUGAUUCAUGCCCAUUAUUACGUCCAAUUCCUCGCCUUCCGACCGAAUGUUUGUUACAUAUUCUCUCUUUCAUCUCGGAGGAUGACAUUGAGACUUUGCAUUCGGCAAUCUUGGUGAAUUGGCAGUGGUGCUACAAUAUCGCGCCCAUCCUAUGGAAAAAGCCCUUCGCUGUUAAGGCGACGAACCCAUCAUUGUCAAAGUUCUCAAAAAUAAUACCUAUCUAUCUCAAUUCGUUGAAUGCGGAUUUGGUAUCGGUUGAAUUUAAGGAAAGGUUUUUUCCCUUUUUCGAUAAUGAAAUCAAGAAACCAUUCUUUAAUUAUCCCUCAUUCUUGCGCGAGUUAGAUUUUAAAAAGUUGUACGAUGCGAUUUCAGAGUCGUCAGCCGAGAUUUUCCUAACCAACAGCAGAUUGGAAAUUGAAUUUGAGUUAAUCAGAUCGUCGUUCGCGGAAGUCAGAGAACCAGAGAAACACGAGGUGAUGGCGGUGGAAAAUAUUGAGGUAACAAAUGAUACGGUUCCAGCCGAAUCAGAAGUAGAUUAUGAAGAAUGCGAUGGUCACGAAUCUCAAUACGAUGAUGAUUCCAAUCAAUUCGAAAUUGGGAGUGAACAGGAGUAUGGCGAAAUUGAAAAUCACGAGGAGAUACCAUUCGUGACAACCUCAGAAGGUCGUAAGCUUUUGAUCGCAAAAGAAAUUAGCCAAAUGUUCAUGAGAGAAUGUCAAGUUUUUGACAAACUUACCAUAGACAUUCGAGGUUUUCCACGGAUCUUUUCUUUCCAAUUGCUAGAUUAUAUAUCACUUCCUUGUUUCCCAGGUGCAUCAAACUGUCUUCAGAAAAUCACAGAUUUGGCGUGUGGCGGCGAAUUCUUCAAGGAUGAAAUAUUUAACGCUUUGGCAUUGUGUUGCCAUGAAUUAUAUUCUAUAUCGAUCGUAGAUACCUUUUAUUCUGCAACAAAUGCCCUAGCAAAUCUAAUAUCCGUCCAAAGAAAUCUACGGAGAUUUAGUUGGGUUGGAGGCUACGGUGAUCUGACGCCUGUCGUUUUGACGUUAUCAAGUCAAUUCAAUAAUCUUAAGGAAGUUCACUUGGAAAAGGGAUUCUUCCGUGAUGCCUCUGCACUUGGAGGGCUGUCAGAUUGCAAGAAUUUGGAAGCACUUAGUAUUGCCGAAUGUCAUCUCACCUCCUCCCACGUUCGACCUUUAGUUGACGCAAAUUUUCAGCAACUCAAGUCACUGGAAAUCACCAACAACCAUUAUCCAUACGAUGAGAUGGAUGAGGAAGAAUUUGAUCCGCCAUCAGAAGAGUUAUCCACAAUAAUUCGAAACGCCAAUCGUCAGCUUCUAGUGAUUCGACUAAAUUUAGAACUGUAUAUCUAUCCCGGAAUCAUAGAAACCAUCGGUCUAUACUGUCCAAACCUGAAAACCCUUUCGGUCAACAUAAAAACUGAUGAACAAGCUCUCGAGUUAAUCACUUUGUUAAGAUCAUGUCGCGAACUUGAGAGUUUGAUAAUUUGUGGAUACUCUUGGAAUACGUUCUCACCGGCCGAUCAUAUAUUACCUGAAAUUGGAAUGAUAUUACCGGAAACAUUGACACAUCUAGAUCUAACCAAAUGGGUAUUUGAAGUAGAGGAACUAAAACAAUUCCUUAAAAAUUGCAAGGCAACACUGAAAUAUAUGGAAUGGCACUGUUUUGCGUAUCAUGAGGAACACAAGUUGACGAUAUUAGAUUAUGCACAGAGUAGAGGUAUUGAGGUUGAGAACUUUCAGAUGAAAAUGCACGAUACUGGGUAUGGAUGGAAGCGAUAUAUUGGUCACAUCUCAGUAAAGUUUGGUGAAAGAAAUACGUGCUGA